AUGGCAGGUAGAACUCACAAAGGAUCUGCUUCUGAAUCAGAAACACCAUCGCGCCAUCACAAUCGAGACAGAGACAGAGACAGAGACAGGGAUGGGCAUCAAAACGUGACCACAUCUUCCAGCAGAACAUCACAAAAGGCUAGAAAUCAGCAAGCUUUGCAACAACAACAAUCCUUUUUACAAAAACAUAUAAACUCAAAUGGACCGAAAGAUAGACCUAGAAUAGACCCGCUUGACUUUGAGAAAAUGGACGAGGCAACUUUGCUUAGAUACAAGGACCGUUACAAUAUCAAUCUCCCACGACCUGAAUCGUUGAACUCUGAUAUCUUGAAUAGUGAGAUUGGAAAGAAGACGAUAAGUAAAGGUGAGUUUGCCAAUCAAGUUAAAAACCAUUUUAUGGGGUUGCAGGCCAAAGAGAACGAUAUAAUCACGGGGUUCUUGUAUAAAGUAAAGCACCAGGAUAAGGAGUUUAAACUUACAUUCCAAUGA